UCGCUACUACGCGCAGAUAUUGUACAGCGCUCGAGCGAAGUAGACACACACGCGGCUCUCGCAAAGAACAAAAACAAACGGACAGUGCCUUCGUGAACUGGACAACGCAUCGUAGUGCAAAAACUGUGCGUACGAAACAACACUCACGCAAAAUCAAGGAACUUUUUCAUCGGUGAAAAGAACUCACUCAAUCUACCACCACUCCCGGUGUGUGCAGUGCGCAGUGUGCAACGUGUUACGGCUCCACACAGUGUAGCGAUGGGAUUGCUUCGACGGAAUAGCCUCAACAUUGGCAAAUGGUUUCCGGCCGGUGCGCAGCAGACAACCGCUGUGGCGCCGGCGACCGGAACCGCUCCAACGCGGGGCAGUUUCGGCAGCUCGGUCGCCAUACAGAAGCUGCGCGAAAGCAAGUGGUUCGAUGCCGGGGAGGAGCGCAUCUUUUGCGCCGUGAUCGAGAACGGGUUCAUUGUGGAAGUACGCCGCCAGACGGCACCCGGUGACAGCUGGUUCGGUGUCGUGUCCAUCGAGCAGAAGAAGUCGCCCAAACCAACCGCCGAGUGCGUUAAAAUAUAUUCCGUGCGCAUGAAGGAGAAUGAGAAAAAGCCGAUGAAAGUGUACUGCGUGACUUUGUCUAAUCUGUGGCAGCAAGGCCAUCAGCUGCGGAUCAACAACGUGGCCGAUCGCACAAAGAAAGCACACCCCGAGAAAGACAUUCUCGCACAGAUAAAAUACGCCUCGAAAUGCCAAAUGUCGUUCCACAACAGUCAACAUUUUGCCGAAUUUUGUCGGUACGGUGACCGACCGCAGGACAGCCGGAAGCGACAAGUAAGUGCGUUACUGAAACGGUUCGAGGACGCAUUGCAAGGAGCGCACAACAGCUACUUCUGAGCUAUACGACUCUGCCCUGCCCGGGAGCUCGCGAAAGAUUUCGGACUGCGCCAAAUGGGGUGGAAUCAAUAUGGGGGCAACGCUCAUCUUCAUGGAGAUGCAGAAGAAACAAAAGUCCCUAUCGCAUUAGAGUGCGCACUGUCGGAAUAGUCCUGCGCGUGUGUAUCGUCCUUGCGGUACCAUAAGCAACAUUUGCUCGUUGGAGCACUAGAACUGGUCCUUAGUGGUUAAGCAUUUGCAGCGUAAGCAGAAAACCAUGAAACAUUAUUGUGAUUUAUGUCACUUGGUACGUUUAAGGUACAAUUUAUCGAAGUGUUUUUGUUUUUGAACUUGAGGAACGAAUGUGGUAUUACGCAUCUUAGCCGUAUAGCGAGUAGUGUUUAAUGUGUAGAUUCUUAGGCAUAAGUGAAGCAGCACUGAAACUGAUCACCAUGUUGAUUGUAAAGGGUAUUGUUGCGUUGAAUCAUUUUGUAUCAUUACCAAAGCCCAGCAGUAGUAGGCAUAAGAUGAACGGUUUAUACUUUUGUGAAGAAAUCUAUGUACAUGAAAAUAAAAUAAAUUCUAUAAAUUUAUUGAAAUCAAGCAUCGAA